AUGGCUGCUCAGGCAACACAGCCGGGAAAAAACCGUGAUGAAUAUUGCUGUGUGCUGAAGUGCAACAGCAAUGGGAGAAUUAAUAAUGAGCUAAGUUUUCACCAUAUCCCAUCAAUGAAAAGACAGGAGUUGAGAAAAUUAUGGAUUAUUGCAAUACGCCGUGAUGAAGGGCCACUCUUUAAGGUAAAUAAUAAAAUAUUGAAUCACGGCUGCUUAGCUGACAUAUCAAAUAUUAUUAUCAAAUAUUUUUCACUUUUGAUUGGAAGCAACACUGUUGAGUGCUCUAGGCACUUUCAGAAAAGUGAUUUCAGGUGCACCCUUAAUCGCAAGUGCCUGAAACCAGGUGCAGUUCCCUCUAUUUUUGAAUGGAAAAUUGAUGUGCCUGGAAGAAAGUCGCCUAAAACCAGACUUUCGCACGUCACUGAAGGAGAUGCAAAAACAUUGUCCAAUUGUGAUGAUGCUGCAGACAUGACUGCCGUGAACGAGUAAGCUAAUGAGUGGUCAGAAAUGACAUGAUUAAAUUUAUUAAAUAAAAUUGACAAUUAAAAAGUAAA